AAAUUAAAGAGAAAAUAAAAUAGAAACAAACAAUUUCAGUAAAGAAAAAAUAUAAAUCAAUUAAUAAAAUAUUGUUAAUUUAACAAAAUAAAUCAAAGAAACAAACAUAUCAAUCAAUAAAGCAAGUAUAAUUAGUUAUAAAAAAUGAUCUAAUAACAACCAGUAUAUGGAUCUUAAGUUUACCAAAACUAAAAUUAAGUCAAGUACAGUAUUACUUAGCUUCAAGGCAAGGAGAGUAGACCUAUGAUUAUACAAUAAAGUGUCGUACCAGUUGAAUCACGCAAAGAAGUUAACAUCCAAGAAGAGAAUAGAAGAAAUUUAGAAGAAAAACAAAUCGUUAUUAAUGAAUUCGUUGCACAGUUGAAGGGUUUACAAACUUUUGUUAAGAAUUAUAGCGAUGGAUCCAGAUAUGAAGGUUAGUUAAAUGGAGAAGCUCGUCACGGCAAGGGUAUUUAUUAUUAUGCAAAUGGUGAUAUUUAUGUUGGCGAGUGGAAAGACGAUCUCUUCCACGGUUAAAGAUGCUACUAUAUCUUUUAAACAGGCGAAAGAUACGAAGGCUAAUUAAAGGAAGGAAGAAAGGAAGGUUUUGGCAAAUAUACUUAUCCUAAUGGUAAUUUUUAUGAAGGAACUUGGUUUAACGAUAAAAAGCAUGGCUAAGGUGUUUACUUCUAUUUGUCCUCAAAUGAAAAAUAUGAAGGUGAAUGGAUUAAUGGAGAGAAAUCAGGAAUUGGCAAGUAUUUCUUUAGCUAUGGAGAUAGAUACGAAGGAUAAUGGUAAAAUAACUAAAAGAAUGGAAAGGGUAUUCUUUUCUACUCUUCAGGAGCAGAAUAUGAAGGAGAUUGGCUUAAUGACAAAGUUCAUGGCUAUGGUGUUAUGAUCUGCCAAAAUAGAGAUAGAUAUGAAGGAAAUUUCUUCGAAGGAUAAAAGAGUGGCCAUGGUGUUUAUACUUAUGUAGAUGGAUCUAGAUAUGAUGGUGAAUGGGCCAAUGAUGACAAAAAUGGUAUUGGUACUUUCUAAUUCUCUAACGGAGAUCUUUACCAAGGUUCUUUUGUAGAUGGUGAAAGAAAUGGUCCUGGUGUUUAUCAAUAUGCAAAUGGUGAUACUUACGAUGGUGAAUGGAAAGCUGAUAAGAAAGAAGGUCUUGGUACUCUUGAAAUGGCUACUGGAGAUAGAUAUGAUGGUGAAUGGCUCGAUGGAAGAAAAAAUGGCAAGGGACAAUAUACUUUUGCAAAUGGUGAUGCUUAUGAAGGUUAUUUUGUUGCUGGUUUAAGAUAAGGUAAGGGUAUUUACACUUGGGCCGAUAAAUCAUACUACAAAGGAGACUGGGAACAAGAUAGAAUGAACGGUAAAGGUAUUUACUGCAGUGCAGACGGAAAGAUAGUUGAAGGAUACUUCGAAAACGACAAUUUUGUUGGAACCAUUUGA